GGAUUUCUCUAACCUGUCGGUCCCUGGUGUCUCUCUAGACCAGCCGCCCCGAGACAGCCUUUCUGCCUGCGAGCUCGGCCCUGCAUCCUCCUCGCGCGGGGAGCCGACCCUGCUUCCUUCUGCCCGCGAUCUUGCGGCCGAUUGCAAAUUUGCAAGCCGGGAGCGAGCCGGGGAGAGGCGCGCGGGUUGCUGCGAGCGAGUAGGCAGGCCCCGCCGGUGGGAGUGGAGAAUCUCAAGAAACCCUGCGGUGGUCCACCAUGAAGUUCCAGUACAAGGAGGACCAUCCUUUCGAGUAUCGGAAAAAGGAAGGCGAGAAGAUCCGGAAGAAAUAUCCGGACAGGGUCCCUGUGAUCGUGGAAAAGGCCCCUAAAGCCAGGGUGCCUGAUUUGGACAAGAGGAAGUACCUGGUGCCCUCGGACCUCACUGUUGGCCAGUUCUACUUUUUAAUCCGGAAGAGGAUCCACCUGAGACCUGAGGACGCUCUCUUCUUCUUUGUCAACAACACUAUCCCUCCCACUAGCGCGACCAUGGGCCAGCUGUAUGAGGACAACCACGAGGAAGACUAUUUUCUGUACGUGGCCUACAGUGAUGAGAGCGUUUACGGGAAGUGAUUGGCGGAAGCCCAGCAGAUUGGGAGCACCUGGACUCGGGGGUAGAGAAGGGGGGGUGUGUGGGAUUUGGGGGACGAAAGGGGGGCUCCCACCAUGGAGGAGACAGAAGGUGAAGACAUCUGGAAACACUAUACCGCACACACCGUCAUCAUAUUUUUACAUGCUCAAUUGAUAGAUUUUGCUGCUUCCUCGGCCCAGGGAGAAUGCAGGUCAAGACAGAGCUUUGGGGUUGGCUUUGCCAGACGACGGAAGGGGGGAUCAGACCUCUCAGUGUGGCUGUGAUUUCAUGGAAGAGGCAGGUGGAGGGCAAGUUGGGGCCAGAGAUAAUUGCGGACCACCAAUUAUUUUCCCGUUCUCCUUACUCACGGGGCAGAUUUUCUCCCAUCUAAUUGGCACACACCCGGUAGAGAAAAGGGUUGGGAAUGUUUUAGGAUUCCAAAGAGGGGACCAUACUCGGGGACCAAAAGAGACUGUUGUCACUAAGGCUUUCUGAGCCCUGAUCUUUCCCCAUCCGCACACUCACUCCCCCUCAUCUCAUUCAGAAACUCCCACACAAACAUCACAGUUACCACUUGCUCUGGGGUGGGGAGGGAACAUCCGAUACCCUUGUUUCCAUGGCGCUCUCUGAGCUUUUGGAAAAUCCUAGACCAGGCCCAAGGGAUGUUACGGUUAAGAAGAUGGUUUUGGGCAGCUUUCAACUGGAAUCCACUCAGUAUUGAGCAUCUCUGUCUAGCCUGCUCACUCCCUGAAGGCCUUUCCCUCCACACCCACUGGGACCAGAAGGAGCCUCAACCCUGUCCCAGCCCAGGCUGUGGCCCCUGCUCCAGCCUCGUCCAAACGUCCCUAGGGAGGGACAAACAUCUUUUCGGUAGGGGAGGGUAGAUACGGGGUACAGCUGAUUUAGUCUUGUCCCCACCUCCCCCCAGUCCAGAAUUCUCGCUGUUUCUCCCCUCCCCCACCCCCUCUUACUGUUUUCCCUUCUGUCUCAGACACACAGAAACGCUAAUUGAUGGCCAGCUGCUUCCCUCUUGUGAUUUUUCUUUGACCGCAGCUGCUAGUUAGGCAAAUUGAAGAGGAUGCCUUCCACCCCCCCAUCCCCCACCCCUCACCCCCAGUAAUUCAGGGGAUUCUGAUUAUUUUGAUCAUUUUUCACUUUACGUAGGGGGUAUGGCAUGGGCGGGGGUGGGCGCAGGAAUUGCACACGGGCCUGACAUUUCCAUUCAUCUCUGCUCAAGGAAAGGGGUUCACACAGAUGGGGGGGUGGGAGGGGACGCUG